CUCAACUGGCAAAAUAACCACAAGAUCUGGUGGUUAUGCUGUGCUGUGGUUCAGUGUGCAAAUCGUAACUUGGAAGCAAAUUAAAUCAAUAACUGUAGUGCAGGUGUAAAUUCCCAGAACUUGCCAAAUGCAUAUAUUUGAGAAAUGGCUUUCAGCUUUUCAAUGUAAUUAAAUCCAAUUGCUAAAAAUCAGAUAAAGAUGGAGAUCUCCAUGUGGCAAAAGUAGGUCUACUGAUAACACUUCCAUCACAGUGGUUUUGAUGGAAGACUUGGAGGUAAUUCACAGACAUUGGUCCCUGUUAACCUUGUGGCCUGCCUGCCACAAGCUGACACCCCUGGCUUGAAUUGCUGUUACAGAGAUUACUUUAAUACAUGCAUUUAUAAUAAUCACAGGAAUACUGGGGGUUUGGGGUUAUUUUCUGGGGUUUUUUGUGUUUUGGUUUGUUUUUUGGGUUUUUUGGGGGUUUUUUUGGGUUUUUUUUGUAGUUGUCUGUGUUUUGGGUUUUUUAACUAGUUUAUAGGUUAAAAAUAUAUAUGUUAGACAGAAAUAAAUUUUCAUUUUUCCGAAAAGAAGUACUCCCUGAGACAAUUCAGUAGCUAUGAUAAAAGGCAAGAAGAAAGAUGCCAAGAAGAAAGAUGGUAAGAAGGCAGCUGUUGAGAAGUCAGAAGACUCUCUAGCCACCCCAACUGGGAGUAGCUUAACAACGCUAGAUUUGCCGAGUGACUCAUUGAGCACAGAAACUCCAGCAAUUCCAGAGGCACCAGAUAAAGAGCCAGAGGUAGAGGAACCACCAGCCCAGCUUGUUAUCCCGUUCCACGAAGAGCCUAUGCUUGCUCAAGUGAUUAUAAAAAGCUAUGAAGGUGAACAAGUUGAUGAAUUCUAUGAGGGCGAAGGAUUUAUAUGUUUUGAAGGAGGAAAUACAUACAAGGGUCUGUUUUCUGAAGGGCGUAUGAAUGGAGAAGGGAUUUACUCGUGGGCUGAUGGAGUAAAGUAUGAGGGAACAUUUGUUAAGAAUGUGCUGAUGCAUAAUGGCCGUUAUACCUGGAAUGAUGGCAGUGUUUACGAAGGAUCAAUCCAGGAUGGACUUAGGCAUGGAUAUGGAGUUUUCAGGAGUGGUACUCAUCCAAUUUCUUACAUUGGUUAUUGGUGCAAUGGCAAAAGACAUGGAAAGGGUAAGAUUUAUUAUGACGAGGAGCAGACCUCCUGGUAUAGAGGUGAUUGGGUAAAUAAUGUCAGAGAAGGAUGGGGGAUCAGACGCUACAGAUCUGGAAAUAUAUAUAAUGGUCAGUGGAAGAAAAAUCUGCGACAUGGACAUGGAAAAAUGAUAUGGGUGACAGAUAAUCAAGAAUAUGAAGGACAGUGGGAGUGUGGCAUGCAGCAUGGUUCUGGCAUGCACACGUGGUUUUUGAAGAAAAUGGAAAUGUCUACGUAUUCUCUACGGAAUGAAUAUAUAGGGGAUUUUGUAAAAGGGGAGCGCCAUGGACAUGGGAUAUUUCUUUAUGCUGAUGGAGCAGUGUACGAUGGAGAGUGGGUGCAUAAUAAGAAGCAUGGCAAGGGCAUCUUUGUCUUCAAGGAUGGUAAUGCUUUUGAAGGAGAGUUUAUAAAUAAUCAUCCUGUGGAAUCUCCUUCUCGUCAAGGGUCUGCUGUGAAAGCCAAGAACCUGAGAGACACCAGCUCAAGAAGCAGUUUUGGCAUUGGAAGGAGUGCAAUCAUUAAGGACUUGGGAGAGUUUUCUGUUCUGGGAUCAGAUAUUGAUUUGGAUGUAUCAUCACUGCUUGCCUUCUUCCCAAGAGAAGACAGAGAGGAUGAAAAGCAGCAAGUACAAUUGGCUGUGUUGAGGCAUAUUUCAAAAUUGAGAAAAGCCUACUACUUCUACAGCACCUUAGGCUGUGCUUCUCCUGACGGUGUUUACUCCCUGACUAUGCUGCAGUUUUGGAGAUUUCUGAAGGACUGCAAUUUUCAUCUCUCCUCUGUAACUCUCGCUGAAAUAGAUCGACUGUUGAGAGGUGAUGAACCACCUAAGAAGAUACAUGAACCAUGUGAUAUAUUACUGUUCCGAACAUUUGUAUCCUACCUUGUUCACCUGGCAUUUCAUAUCUAUCAUAAACAGUACAAAGAUGAAGUUCCUAAUCUGAAGAAAUGUUUCUUAGAAAUGAUGUCCAGGAAUGUUCUGCCCUCUGCCUGUUGUGUCCAAGGUAUCUUAUAUUCUAGUAAAGAAUUCUCAUAUUUUGCCAUGAGCUACCUUGAGAAAUGCUGUGAUAUAUACGAAGACUUUUCUAGACUGUGUCCCAGAGCUCCAUUUGACUCCACAGUGAAGCUGAGGCAAUUCCUCUGGAUGUUGGACGAUUUUAAACUUCUCAGCGAACAAUUAACUGCUGCAAGAGUUCUGGGAAUAUUUGUCAAAGUUGGUGCCUCCCUACCUGCCAUCCAUGGUGUCAACCUGGAGCUGGAGAUGGUUUUUCUAGAAUUUUUUGAAGCUCUUCUUGAAUGUGCAUUGGUGUAUGUUACUGAGGAUAUGAUCCUGAAGAAAGAAGCUGAAGACAACCAGAAAAGAAGUAGCUUUGAAAUCAAGGAGUGCUCCAAGGAAACCUCAGCUGUGUCUCCCACAGAACAUUCUCCACCCCAGCCACUGAGACCUUGUGAAGACACAAAGCCUGCUCAUCAACCUUCUCUACUGGAAACUCUUCUCUCAUUUCCCAUAACUCCUGGAGAAAGCAAAGAUGAUGUGUCAUUGGCCAACAAGGAUGUAAAAGAAGAACAAGAUUCCUGUCCAGAAAAGGAAUUGAUAGAUGAAGCAAAAGAUAAAGAUGAACAAAAGGAGCCAUUUAGUUUCUGGAUGUGUCAGGUGGAAAUCUUUUUCACAACUAAGUUAUUCCCUGCUUUUGACCAUGAAAUAAUGCUGAGAGAUAAAAUAAAAGAAAAACAAAAGGAGAAUGAUGAAUUAACUGAGCUGAGAAAGAGCCAGGCUGAGGAACUGGAAAGUACCUUAAAUUCAAAUUUUGAUCAUGCAGACUUAUUGCUGAAAAAGAAGAAGAAGAAGAGGCAAGAAGGAAAGCAGCAGCAGCAUUACAUGAGGAUAUCAAGCACAGGGAACGAGCCAUGUCAUCUUGGGAGAAACUCCUCUCCUGGAGAGGUCUCCAGCUGAGAAAAGAGGCCUCCAAAACAGAACCCUCACCAAAGAAAAGAGGCUCACAAGCAGCAGAGCCUGAGGAGAAAGAGGCAGAGAAGGCAGCACCCACAAGUACCAAGGCAACUGCUGACAAAAAGAAAAAGAAAUAAAUCCUCUGCUGGGAACUACUGAAGCUUCAAGCAAGAACUCUUCAAAUAAGAAAAAAAAACCCAAACCAAAACAACCCCAGAAGACCCACACUUGUAGGAAGCUGUAAGAAUGGCUCAACUGCAUGCACAAGAAUUGCUGGUUUCAGAGGGAAACACCAGAGUUUUGGAUAAACUAGCAGGAAGUUACACGAUGCAAAUGAAGUCAGAUGCUUCUAAAGUGUAACAAUUAUUAGUUUUAUUUUUCAGCAAAAUAUUCACAUAACAUAUCAGAAUGGAAUGGUACAGAUGAGUUCAGACUGGUUUUUAGUUAAUUUGCACAUAAACAUUUUUAAAAUUUAAAAAUUUUAUGGUCAGAGUUUACAGAUUUUAGUAGAAAUUUUGAUUCUUACAAAGCAAGUAUUGCUUUACUAUUGUCAUUAUUCCAGUCAAUAAUAUGACUAAUAACUUCUCAUGUUGAACAAGUGCCUGACAUUGACAUCUUCAAUAAAUCAGCCCUUUGCAGAUCAA